ACACCUUCCCUGGACACGGGCGGGCCACGCCGACCAGUGCCCCUGCGGCGAGACAUGGUCGGCGGCCAGACGCCAGCCCCCGGGGCGGUUUGAACCGGAUCGCCGGCGGCGUCGGCGCGCGCGCGCGCGCAGCCCCCGGCCAGUCUUUAAGGCGCGCGCCGACGGCCGGACGGUCAGAAGCGUGGUCGAUCUGCCCUGGAGCGCACACGAGCCACCUCGCCGGGAGGUUCGAGCGACAUGGGUCAGCAGGACGAGAUUCGCACACAGCCGCCGGGAGAGGUGCAGCCGGAGGUGGAGCGCCACGGCCGGUGCUCGAGCGAAGAGGACCACUACCGCCCGCCGAUGGAGGAAGUCGACAUGAGCCGGUCUGCUGUCGAAGCCUCACCGCUCCCGUCUCGGCCACCGGCGGUGUCCACCGCAGCGGUGCUCGGCUACAUCCCAUCCGACUCCAGCCAGGACACUGAGAUGAACGUGGUCGUCGACUGCGUGGUGGCCACCAACCCGGACAUCGAGCGAGCGCUGCACGACGAAACGCACAAGGAGCGAUUCGAGCUGUUUAUCUCUGAACUGAAGCUGGAUGAGACGCCCGGCGUGCCACGGAGCCCCUCCUCACAGACGGUGGUUAGCGGACGGCGAGGGAAGCUGCCGAUCAGACAGGUGAUCGCCGCCCUGGCCGUCUCCGUCGGCUCGAUGCUGGUCGGCUUCACGGCGGCCUACACGUCUCCGGCGCUGGCGUCCAUGCAGCUGCCCGACAGCCGGCUCAAAAUCACAGACGAACAGGCCUCGUGGAUCGGCAGUCUGAUGCCGCUGAGCGCGCUCUGCGGCGGACUCGGCAGCGGCACCCUCAUCGAGAAGCUCGGACGCAAGAUCACCAUCAUGGGCACCGGCCUGCCGUUCAUGCUGUCGUACGCGCUCAUCGCCUUCGCGCAGGACGUCUACAUGAUUUACGUGGCGCGCGUGAUCGCCGGUCUGUGUAUCGGCACGCUGUCGCUGGCGAUGCCCGUGUACCUGGGCGAGACCAUCCAGCCGGACAUCCGCGGCACGCUCGGACUGCUGCCCACCACCAUCGGAAAUACCGGUAUCUUGGUGUGUUUCCUGGUGGGCACGUACCUGCGCUGGGACCACCUGGCGCUGUUCGCCGGCUGCAUCCCCGUGCCGUUCCUGGUGAUGAUGUGGUUCGUGCCCGAGACGCCGCGGUGGUACGUCACGCACGGUAACAUGAAGGAGGCGGCCAAGUCUCUGCGCUGGCUGCGCGGUAAGGACGUGGACAUUACCGACGAGCUGAACAGUAUCACCGAGCACAUCACGACCGCGCAGAGGACGCACACCUCGCUGCGCGACCUGCUCUCGCCGCACUACCUGCGCGCGCUGGCCAUCGCCCUGGCGCUCAUGUUCUUCCAGCAGAUGUCGGGCAUCAACGCCGUCAUCUUCUACUCGGUCAGCAUCUUCAAGUUCGCCGGCAGCACCAUCGACGGCAACCUGUGCAGCGUGGUGGUCGGCUUGGUCAACUUCGGCGCCACCUUCAUCGCCAACGUGAUGAUCGACCGUCUCGGUCGGAAGAUCCUGCUCUACAUCAGCAGCGCGCUGAUGGUCGCCAGCCUGGCGGUGCUCGGAGGCUUCUUCUACCUCAAGGACAUGACGAGCCAGACGGAGCUGGUGGCCGAGCUCGGCUGGCUGCCGCUCGUCUCGUUCAUGGUGUUUGUGGUAGCGUUCUCGGUCGGCUGGGGACCCAUUCCGUGGCUGUUCCUCGGUGAGGGCCUGCCUAGCCGCAUCCGCGGCAGCGCCGGCUCCGUGGCCACCGCCUUCAACUGGGCCUGCACGUUCGUCGUCACCAAGACGUUCACUGACAUGAUCCAUUCGAUCGGCGCGCACGGCACCUUCUGGGUGUUCGGCGCGUGUACGGCAGUCGGUCUGCUCUUCACCAUCGGAUUCAUGCCCGAGACGCGCGGCAAGACGCUCGAGGACAUCGAGAAGAACCUCUUCACCACCAAGCAGGGCAGUAUGCGGAAGCGGUCCUCUGUGCCGGCUGAGCUGUAGACUGUCCGAGUCGACGGCGGCUGCGCGGUGCCGCCUCUUCCCUGGUUCCGAUCCAUGUGAUACGCUACAGUCAGGUCGCGAGCGAGCGCAACCCGAUGCUAAGAGUCGGCCGCCAAUGAUCUUGAUGUGCGAUGUUUUUAUGGAGGAGAGACGCUCGAGUGUUCUCUGUUUGCCGCGUCCAGCGAGCGAACGAAGCGAAAUGUUUGCGAUAUUGUACAAAUCGUGGCGCAUUUGUCACCGAAGCGGCGAUAUCGCUCCCGCUGCGCCGCGUAUAGGUACUGUAUGUCAUAUUGACCCAGUAUUGUGGCGAUUGUGUAUGUGUAUGCUGUAUAUUGUAUUUAUGGAUACAGCGACGAUACGAAUAAUGUAAAUAUGUUAACAUUGUAAAUGGUGUCAUAAAUGUUAUAUGCCAAUAAAUCUAUCGUUGGUUA